AUGGCUAAUGAGGGCUGUCCCAAGGCUGGUGAUAGUCUUUUUUCAUCAGAAAAACAUGCCCAACUCAUCUUAGCCCAGAUGAAUAAAAUGAGGAAUGGACAGCAUUUCUGUGAUGUGCAGUUACAAGUUGGGAAGGAAACUUUUAAAGUUCAUCGGCUGGUUCUGGCUGCCAGUAGUCCUUACUUUGCAGCUUUGUUCACUGGAGGAAUGAAAGAGUCCUCUAAAGAUGUUGUACAGAUUCUAGGAAUUGAAGCUGCAAUAUUUCGAAUACUUCUAGAUUUCAUUUAUACAGGCAUAGUGGACAUAGGUGUGAAUAAUGUCCAGGAGUUGCUUGUUGCAGCAGACAUGCUACAAUUGACUGAAGUUGUUAAUCUUUGCUGUGCAUUUCUGAAAGGACAAAUUGAUCCACUGAACUGCAUUGGGAUCUUUCAGUUCUCUGAGCAAAUUGCCUGCCAUGAUCUUUUGGAAUUCACAGAAAACUAUAUUCAUGUCCAUUUCUUGGAGGUUCAGAGUGGGGAAGAGUUCCUGGCACUUACAAAAGAUCAGUUGAUCAAAAUUUUGCGAAGUGAAGAGCUUAGCAUUGAGGAUGAGUACCAGGUCUUCUUAGCUGCAAUGCAGUGGAUUCUCAAAGAUCUGGGAAAAAGAAAAAAAUUCGUGGUGGAAGUGCUAGACCCAAUUCGAUUUCCUUUAUUACCUCCUCAGAGGCUUUUAAAGUAUAUAGAAGGAGUAUCUGAUUUUAAUCUUCGUGUUGCGUUGCAAACACUUUUGAAAGAGUACUGUGAAGUGUGCAAAUCUCCCAAAGAGAACAAGUUUUGUAGUUUUCUGCAGACAUCUAAGGUUCGACCUCGGAAGAAAGCAAGAAAAUAUCUGUAUGCAGUAGGUGGAUAUACUCGGUUGCAGGGUGGUCGUUGGAGUGAUAGCAGAGCCCUGAGCUGCGUAGAACGUUUUGACACCUUUAGCCAGUACUGGACUACUGUAUCUUCACUUCAUCAAGCUCGAUGUGGGCUGGGAGUAGCAGUUCUGGGAGGGAUGGUCUAUGCUAUUGGAGGUGAAAAAGAUUCAAUGAUUUUUGAUUGUACUGAAUGCUAUGAUCCAGUUACUAAACAGUGGACAACUGUAGCUUCAAUGAAUCAUCCCCGCUGUGGCUUGGGAGUAUGUGUGUGUUAUGGGGCUAUCUAUGCUUUGGGUGGAUGGGUUGGAUCUGAGAUAGGAAAUACCAUUGAACGAUUUGAUCCUGAUGAAAAUAAAUGGGAAGUAGUUGGCAACAUGGCUAUGUCACGCUACUACUUUGGCUGUUGUGAAAUGCAAGGUUUAAUUUAUGUAAUUGGGGGCAUCAGCACUGAAGGAAUAGAACUUCGUUCUUUUGAAGUUUAUGAUCCACUUUCCAAGCGUUGGUCUCCACUUCCUCCAAUGGCAACCAGGAGAGCAUAUCUUGGGGUGGCUGCACUCAAUGACUGCAUAUAUUCCAUUGGAGGGUGGAAUGAGACUCAAGAUGCUCUUCAUACUGUAGAAAAAUAUUCCUUUGAAGAGGAAAAGUGGGUUGAAGUUGCCUCAAUGAAAGUGCCUAGAGCAGGCAUGUGUGUUGUGGCAGUCAAUGGGCUUCUAUAUGUUUCUGGAGGUCGAUCUUCCAGCCAUGAUUUCUUGGCACCAGGUACCUUGGACUCAGUUGAAGUUUAUAACCCUCAUUCAGAUACAUGGACUGAAAUCGGUAAUAUGAUCACCAGUCGUUGUGAAGGAGGUGUUGCUGUGCUAUGA